CAUUUGUUUAUUCAGCAGGAUAAACAGAGCGGACACCUUCUAGGUCUACUAUACGGUAGAAAUUGGCGAUUCCCGUGAGUCAUCAGGCGCAGGCGAUGGCGGAAAAGCAGCCGAGGAGUUUUCCAGAGAGCUGAGAACCGGUCGCUGCGUGUCUAAUGCCCCUGGCGCCGAAUGAUGGACGAUUUUCAGCCGGCACUGAGGUUGCUGCCAAUCCGUGCUGAUCAACCCCUUCGUUUGAUGCACCCUGCCGUGCCUCCGCUUUCCAAGCUGCUGCCCUCGAAUUCUGUGUCCAGAGAGAUGACCAGAUAUCGUGCUGAGAGGAUUAACGUGGACGCGGACUACCUUAGCUACCCACAAGAUGAGAUUAUGAGAGGGACGUACAUUGCUGGCCAGCCUUUAACCCCAGAGCACAAUUACUUUGAGAUCGAGAUCCUUGACAAAGGGAUGGAGAGCACAAUCUGCGUCGGUGUUUGUCCCAGAGACCAAAGCAUGGAUGUGCAGCCUGGGACCACUGCUGACUGUGUAGCUUUUUAUAUUGAGAGUGGAAGCAUUUUAAGAAAUUCCAAGGGCAUUGAAUGCAUUGAGGGCUGUGAACUUGGAGACCACAUUGGCUGCGGAGUAAAAUUCGAUCAAAUGGCUCCUGGAUCAAAAGUUCCUGUCUUCUUCACCAGAAAUGGCAAGGAGAUUGGAAGUGUGAAGUCAAGGGUCCCUUACAAAGGAUUCUACCCUAUGGUCUCAAUGAAUUCGUGUGGCGAAGAAGUAAGAGUUAUCACCCAAAUGCUGUAUGUGCAAGAUGAAGAUGUAAUGAUGUCGGUGGACUCUUGUGAAGACGACUGGUAUCGCCUGUCAGACAUCAAGCUCAACGGACCUAUACUCGAGUACAAAGGCAAGGGGAAGAGCAUCAUUGAUGUCGGCCUCGCACAAGCCAAGCAGCCUCUCAACACCACUAAUCACUAUUUCGAAAUUGAAAUCAUCGAUCCGGGCGAGAGCUGUUAUAUCGCAAUAGGACUAACCAAUAGAGAAUUCCCACGUUAUCGGCACCCAGGUUGGAACAAAGGGUCAAUAGGCUACCACGCUGAUGACGGCAAGAUCUUUAUAGGCAGCGGGGUAGGAGAGCCAUUUGGCCCUAGAUGCCACAAGGGUGACCGGAUGGGCUGUGGUAUUUACUUUCCUCGAGACUUUGAGCCUCAAGACUGUGAGCAAGGAGCGGAAGACAUUGAAGAGGAAGAAGAUGAAGAUGAUCCACAAGGAAUGAAAAGAUUAAGAGCUACAAAAAUUGGCAAUUCGCCCGAGUCGCCUCCCGGUGUUGGCAACCUGAUUGGCAUCGAAGACAACAGCGAAAGCGACGAGGACGACGAGUGGGAAAGCGAAGAUGGCAAAUCGUCGGCACCUUAUGUGGAAGUGUUUUUUACCAGGAACAGCAAACUGAUAGGUAAAAAGCAGGUGUUGAUUCCAAAAGGGGGUUUCUACCCGACUGUCGGCAUGUUGAGCAUAGACGAAAAGGUUCGCGUUGACCUGCACCCAAUGACGGGUUAGGUGAAGCGCGCGCAAAGCUGUUUGUUUUCUGUGAUCAAAAAUAUGAAGUUGUCGAUGACUCUUGGGUGGUUUUAGACCUUUACGCCAAAAUACAUUGUUACGUGCAGCACAAGAAAAAAUAAUGCCUGUACCAUGCACUGAAAGGUUGAAAAUCGUCCAAGUUUGUCCGCAAUUGAUUCAAGUCAUGCUGUUUAUUACUCACCACUUUGCUGUUAAUUUUGUUAAUAAAUCGACUGCCAUGUCUAAAAGUAAUUUUAUUUAA